CAAAACCAGCCUUUAAAGCCUAUACCCUGACCUUCUUUCCCAACCUCUCUCUCGCCAUGAAAAUUUCUUGAAAAGAUUUCUCAAAUUCUUCGAACGGACUCAGACAAUAUAGUUCAUUCAUUUAUAAAUUCGUAAGUUCUUCUGUGCUUUUGUCUCCGACCACAAUGGUUUCUGUCGGAGAUUCUCAUUCCAGUUCCAACGGUCUCCCUCUCCCCCGAAACAUUUACACUUCUGAUUCACUCAAAACUCACCGAUACACCGGCCGCUCCAUGCGCACGAUACGGUCCAAUGUGUUCCAAAGAAAUGAAGAUGACAGUUGCUCGUUUGUCGUUGAGAGAUCCACAUGCGUGUCCGAGAACCUCAACCUAACGGACUCGGGCAUCGACAUGAGGCUCAACGAGCUCGCUCUGCGGAAAGGCAAGUCAGCAAAGUCCACUUCUUCCUCGGAGGAGGAGAUAAGGGAGUUUCUGGAUCUCUCUCAGGCAUUCAGCGACUUGUCGGCGUGCAGCAGCGAUAUCUCGGGAGAGUUACAGAGGCUAGCGACGUUGCCCACGUUGUCCUCCGACAACGACAACAACGGUGAGGCUAAAGCGGGGGAGAUCGAGCCUUGUUUGGGGUUUCUACAGAGGGAGAGCUUCUCGACAGAAAUAAUCGAGAGCAUUUCACCGGAGGAUCUUCAACCAACGGUGAAGAUCUGCGUCGACGGGCUUAAAUCUCCGUCGAUCGCAGUUAAGCGGUCUGCGGCGGCCAAGUUAAGGCUUUUAGCGAAAAACCGGGCCGAUAACCGGGCUUUAAUCGGCGAGUCCGGUGCGGUUCCUGCUCUGAUUCCGCUACUCCGGUGCAGCAGCGACCCGUCGACUCAGGAACACGCCGUCACGGCGCUCCUCAACUUGUCCCUUCACGAAGGCAACAAGGCGUUGAUAACAAAAGCCGGUGCGGUCAAGUCCCUUGUCUACGUGCUCAAGACCGGCACCGAGACAUCGAAGCAGAACGCGGCGUGCGCCCUGCUGAGCUUGGCUUUGGUGGAGGAGAACAAGAGUUCCAUCGGGGCCUGCGGGGCGAUUCCGCCGCUGGUCUCGUUGCUGCUGAACGGGUCGAGUAGGGGGAAGAAGGACGCAUUAACGACGUUAUACAAACUCUGCUCGAUUAGGCCGAACAAGGAGAGGGCCGUGAGCGCGGGGGCUGUCAAGCCGUUGGUGGCGCUGGUGGCGGAGCAGGGCACGGGAAUGGCUGAAAAGGCGAUGGUGGUGCUGGGUAGCCUGGCGGGAAUCGAGGAGGGAAGGGAGGCCAUAGUCGAGGAGGGCGGGAUUGCGGUGCUGGUGGAGGCGAUCGAGGAUGGAUCGUUGAAAGGGAAGGAGUUCGCGGUGGUGACGCUGCUGCAGCUGUGUGCGGACAGCGGGAGGAACAGAGGGUUGCUGGUGGGGGAGGGGGCUAUUCCUCCUCUGGUGGCGCUUUCUCAGACGGGGAGUGUUAGGGCCAAGCACAAGGCUGAAACACUUCUCGGGUAUCUGAGAGAACCAAGACAAGAGGGAACCUCUUCAAGUCCUUAGACAGGAGGUAUUAUGUACUAUUUAGCAGAGGUAAUUACUGUGGGGGGUUUGGUUGUGUAUAUAUGGAAUGCUUUCUUGAUGGUUUGUACAGUAGGGGUUGAUAAAUUUUUAGGAGAAUAUUUGUAGAAGAAAAUUAGGGAAGCUAGCAAGAGACUGACCUUUAGUUUUAGGUUUUUGGAUUUUCUUUAUUCCUUCUCAUUCUAUGUUUUCUAGAAGUGGAAUAUACAUAUUUUAUUUUUCUGGGUUUUGGGUAUUCUCCUUAUGUUUUGUUUGGGUGACCCCAAUUUUUGUGAAAAGGUAUACUAGUUGUCUUGUUUCGCGUAGCUGAAAUAAAUAGACUAUGUACUUGCUUGGAUCA